UUCCUCGCGCCAGCACGCGCUGCGAGUAACGUUAGUUUGUCUGGUUUAAAGAGGCGGAAACACCGUUUAACCUUUAUCCUAAACACUCUUUUACUCCUAAAUAUCAAAGUAAAUAUGUGGACGACUAAGGUUUGGACUUAGAAAAAUGUUCUUUUAGCUUCUCCUGAGAGGAUGGGUUGACCCAGUCCCUGCAUGGGUUGUUUGACACCUCUAGGGGUUUAUCACCGUUAACAACAGUCCGCUGGUGACUUGAGGACCUCCGCAGGGGCCAGCACACAGUCCUGCCUCAGAAUGAGAUUACCCAGCCAUCAAGAAGAUUAACUAACUCACGUUAAGUCACCAGUAUAUUCUAGCGUGGCUCUAGCUGAGGCGUAUUUUGAUCUUGUCCGUUAAAACAGGCUGUGAUACAGCACAGGGUUGAAGUAACUUGGGAAUAAAAAGAUGAAAGACUUACCAGAAGAGUGGGAGGACCAUCAGCUCACGGUUGCUCUGCGUAUCCGACCACUGAACGAUGCAGAGAUCGAGGAGGGUGCAACCACAGUGGCGCACAAGAUUGACAGACAGAUGGUGGUGUUGAUGGACCCCUGUGAGGACUCUGACAAUGUCCUGAGGUCCAACCGCUCACGUGAAAAAACAUACAUGUUUGAUGUGGUUUUCGACUAUACUGCCACCCAGGAGGAUGUUUAUGUGGCAACAACAAAAAAUCUUAUUGAUGGUGUGAUUGCUGGUUAUAAUGCCACAGUCUUUGCAUAUGGACCCACGGGAGCUGGAAAGACAUACACUAUGUUAGGAUUAGAUUCUGAGCCUGGCAUUUACAUCCAAACACUCAAUGAUCUCUUCAGGGCCAUUGAAGACAGCACUGAGGACUUGGAUUGCAGUGUUUAUAUGUCAUAUAUAGAGAUUUAUAAUGAGAUCAUCAGAGAUCUGUUAAAUCCAUCUUCUGGAUACCUUGAGCUGCGUGAGGAUGCUAAAGGGGAAAUACGAAUUGCCGGCAUCACAGAAUUCUCUACAUGUAAUGCUAAAGAGAUAAUGGCUCUUUUGACCAAAGGGAAUAAACAGAGGACUCAGGAGUCAACAGCUGCUAACAAGACAUCAUCUCGCUCUCAUGCUAUACUUCAGGUGACAGUCAAGCAAAAGAGUCGUGUAAAGGAUAUCAACGAGGAGGUCAGGGUGGGGAAGCUAUUCAUGGUAGACUUGGCAGGAACUGAGCGAGCAUCACAGACUCAAAACAGAGGAAAGAGAAUGAAGGAAGGAGCACAUAUUAACCGUUCCCUGUUAGCACUGGCCAACUGCAUCAAUGCCUUGAGUGAGAAGGGUGGGAAAGGAGCUCAGUUUGUCAACUACAGAGAUAGCAAACUCACUCGACUUCUUAAGGAUGCUUUAGGAGGAAACAGUCGCACAGUCAUGAUAACCCAUAUCAGUCCUGCCAGCUCCAACUUUGAAGAGUCAAGAAACACACUGGUUUAUGCAGACAAAGCCAAAAAUAUAAGAAACAAGGUGAAACGUAAUUUGAUGAAUGUUUCAUAUCACCUGGCCCAAUAUACAAGAAUAAUUGCGGAUCUACGGAGUGAAAUUGACCGACUUCUUGCAAAGAUUGACCAACAGAGUCAAGAGCAACAGAAAGGAGAGAAAGCAGACAUUCGUGAAAUUCAAGCUGAGGUGCAGCAGUACAGUCAUGGUGAGAUGGCUUCACUGCAGGAGCAGAUCUUGUCUGCCUUCAGGGAGCAGAUGGAGAUCAGACGCAGCUUCAUGGAGCUGGAGAACUGCAAUAUGGAACUCCACAUAGACACUUCUAGACAUCUGCUCAACAUCUCAGAUUGGGAGCGUGAUCGAGCACGUGCCCGGCAAGGGAGAGUGAAAGUAACUGAAGAGAAAACAGACAGAGAAAAGGAGGAAGAGCAAGAGAGUGGACCAGAGGAGCCGCAGUAUGUCACAGCAGCUCGAGAGGAGAUUGGCCCACUACUGGCUGAACAGAGAAAGACAAUGGAGCUCAAACGUGAACUGGAAGAAAAAUUAAUGACCAUGAAACUAAAGUCAUCUAAGAUUGAGGAGUUGCUUCCUAAACGCAUUAGUAACCGUGAGCAGAGAGACAUUCUGACAUUGCUUUGCAAGGUUCAUGAGCUGGAACUUGAAAAAACUGAAAUCCAGUCAGCUGUUCUCUGCAAAGAAUACGUUCUCAGAACAAAAGACUUCAUCAUCCAGCGCCAGGAGCAGCAGCGGAUGCUCUGUGAUGACAUCAUACACCAGCAGAAGGCUCUAAUUGAAGAUCAAGGACUUUGUGUACCUGAGGAGUUACAAGAGCUUUAUUCACUGUACUUUAGUGAAUUAAAUGAGGGAAGCGUCGACCAAAUUGUCGACCUUCACACUUUUGCCACAAACCCCAGAGUUGAUAACUCUCUUAUGAUUAUGGCCAGCCAAAUGAGACUUGAUGUGAUCUCUGAUUUAGAAGGGGUAGAUAAAACACAGCAGAACAACAAGAAGUUCAGUCCUUUAGAUAAACACCCCUGUGAUUCUUCUUCUUCUGGGCUGGAUUAUGACAGUGACAUUAACAGAGUUUUUAAACCAAUGUCUAAACCUCAGCCACAGAGACGCCACCACUUAUCUUCUAGCCCAACACUUUCAAUAAAGGUUUGUGCUGUUAAGGAUUCGACUCCCGUUUGUCCUACUGAAGCUGUGAGUCCAGACACUCUGAGGGAAAUUGUUAGUGACACAAAGAGCAUCUCAGUAAUUGCAGCGAAACGUCGCUCACACCUAGCGAAGGAAACCACUUCCAGAGUGGCCGGUUUGGCCACAGGUCUCAAGUCCUCAGUAAGCAUGGACAGCCUAGUUUCUGCUUUGGCAGAUGAGUCGGCUGAGGUCAAAAGAAAUCCCCCAAGACAUGGGGGCAGGUCCCAGUCGAAGCAGGACCUAAAGACAACAGAAAGCAGAAGGGAGCUGCCUGAGAGACACCAGCACAAGAAACGGUCCAGAUCUUUUGAAGCAAGCAAAAAGCACGUACAAAAACCAAGACAAAACCCUUCCAGAUAUCCAGCUUUGAAGAGCAUCUCAGACAACCGGCUUGUGCGACCAGCAUUAAAUGUGAUCCAGCCACUCAACAGUGGUGCUGGAAACCCUGCAACACCCCCAGUAGCUAAAGUGAAAAACCCUGUCACUCACUUUACAGGCGAAGUGCAGCUUGAGAAGUUAGAGAUCAGGGGAACACCACCCAGCAUCAUCCAUCAAAAACACUCAGAUGUCAAACGAGGACAGACAACCUACAAACGAGAGCAAGCCCUAGGAGAUGUUUCUUACUCCAGCAAUCUCCUACAGCAACCAGGCAAUUACAAGAAGUCCACCAAUGAAAAUCCUAGACAAAAAGGAAUGACCGAUGUCAACAGAAAGAAUGAAGGACGGCAAAAAAACAAACAUACUGUAAAAAAGUCAUAUGUCUGAGUUUUUUGUUCAUAUAUAAGAGAACUCUAUUUUAGUCUAUUUUAGAUAACAAUACAUACAAAUUUGUUUUGUUGAAUCAUUUGAAGCAAAUUCAUUAGAAGUGAAAGCAUAGAAAUGUAUAAACAUAUGCUUGGAAAUAAAUCAUGUUUCAGGAUAGCUUAAGUUUUCACUAAAUGAACUGAGUAAACUUCUGAAAAACAUGAUGAAAUGCUUAUGGCUUCAUUUAUUUAAUAAAAAAAAAAAAAAAUCUAUAAAAAUGUCAAGUGUCAAAGUCCAUAUUGGUUUCUCCGAGGGAGAUU